AUAUAUAUAUACACACAAACAGAGAUGUCAAUAUACUCUCUCAUGGGUCAUUAACUGUUCGAGCAAACCAAGGCCGGCAAUACAUACAAUCUGCUCCAUUUCUCUCUCACCUCUUGCUCUGUUCAGCAAAUCGAUCAGUUUUCAUUUUGCAAUUCAGCAAAAAAAAUGAGCAAAACGAAAGAAGACGACAAGAAGGGGCCGGGAGACAGCCCGCCCGAUAAACCCAUAGCAAUAUCUGUGCUCUUCGGAUGCGCUGAUUCCACGGACGUUAUGCUGAUGGUGCUGGGCACUGUGGGAGCUGUCGGAGAUGGAGCGUCCUUGCCUACCCUGCUCUUGUUCGUUAGCCACCUUUUCAAUAGCUUGGGCCAUAUAAGUCCUGGGCUCAUGCUUAAGGUUGAUCAGAUUGCCCUCGACUUAACAUACCUAGCCGUUGCUGUCUUGUUCGCGGCAUUCAUGGAGGGUUAUUGCUGGAGUAAAACCAGCGAGCGACAGGUUUUGAAGAUGCGAUACAAGUAUUUGGAAGCAGUUCUAAGGCAAGAAGUGGCCUUCUUCGACUCCCAAGAAGCAACUACUGCUGAAGUCGUUGAUAGCAUAUCGAAAGAUACUGCUCUCAUACAAGAAGUUCUCAGUGAGAAGAUGCCGCUAUUUUUGUUUCACACAUCACAGUUCUUCUCUGGACUUACAUACGCGACCUACUUUGCAUGGAGACUGUCUUUAGCAGCAUUCCCUGCUCUCAUUCUCUUAGCACUUCCUGGAAUUGCUUAUGGCAAAUACCUUCUCCAUUUAUCCCACAAAUCCUUCGCAGAAUACAGCAAAGCGAACACCAUAGCCGAGCAGGCUCUUAGCUCCAUUAAAACUGUAUAUGCGUCCACUGCGGAGAGGAAUAUAGUCGAAAGAUAUGCAUCAAUCCUCUAUCACACAACGAAGCUGGGUACGAAGAAAGGAUUGGCAAAGGGCUUCGCGGUUGGGAGCUCGGGGCUUACUUUCGCGAUAUGGGCGUUAGUUGCUUGGUAUGGGAGCCUUUUGAUCAUGCAACACGGAGCGCAAGGAGGCCAAAUUUAUGCGGCCGGCCUUUCUAUCGUUACGGCUGGACAAUCCCUUGGAGUGGCCUUCCCUGAAGUUAAGCACUUGGCAGAAGCCUCAAUUGCAGCCGCACAUAUCUUUGAUCGAAUCAACCGAGUUCCAAAAAUUGACGGUCAAGAUACAAAGGGAAUUAUAUUAGAAAAUAUACGUGGAGAAGUAGAAUUUGAGCAUAUCAAAUUCACAUACCCUUCACGGCCCGAUUCCAUUGUCCUGAACGAUUUCAACCUUAGAAUUGAAGCAGGAAAAACCGUUGCUCUUGUUGGUUCAAGUGGGAGUGGAAAAUCAACCGCGAUCGCCUUGCUCCAGAGGUUUUACGAUGCAAAUAGUGGAAUUGUGCGGAUCGAUGGUGUUGGUAUAAAGGGACUUCAGUUGAAAUGGUUGAGAGGACAGAUGGGGCUUGUUAGUCAAGACCAUGCGCUGUUUGGGACAUCAAUAAAGGAGAAUAUCAAGUUUGGGAAACUCAAUGCUACGAUGGAUGAAGUGAUGACUGCUGCUAUGGCUGCAAAUGCCCAUGAUUUCAUUAGGCAGCUUCCAGAAGGGUAUGACACCAAGGUUGGUGAACGUGGAGCACUCUUAUCGGGCGGGCAGAAGCAGAGAAUUUCUAUUGCAAGAGCCAUUAUCAAGAACCCUGUCAUUCUUCUACUUGACGAAGCAACAAGCGCACUUGACUCGGAAUCGGAGGCAAUUGUGCAAAGUUCCCUGGAGCAAGCCUCUGUGGGAAGAACCACACUGGUUGUUGCCCACAAACUUUCUACAGUGAGAAACGCUGAUGUCAUUGCAGUCAUGAGUGCCGGUCGUGUCAUUGAAAUGGGCUCACACGAUGACCUAAUCGACAAACCAAAUGGGCAUUAUGCAAAUUUGGCGAAUCUACAGAAUCAGCUCAGCAAUGAGGAGCAAGACCAACAUCACAAUGAAUCUCGCUUUUCGUCUGCGGCAAGAAGCAGUGGCAGUAGGAUGAGCAAUGCGAGCCCAUCUGUCUUUGGUACACCGCUCCUUGGUUAUCCGGAACCGGAUGCCAUAUCUUACCCUCCACCUUCCUUUACCAGGCUCCUUGGUUUGAACGCUCCAGAAUGGAAACAAGGGCUAAUUGGAGGCUUCUCUGCUAUGGCCUCUGGUUUUAUUACACCCAUCUAUGCCAUCACCAUCGGUGGCAUGAUUACUGACUUUUUCAUGACUGAUCAUGGUGAAAUGCGCAAUGCGAUCCGUUCAAAAUGUCUAACUUUCGCUUCCCUCUCUGUAAUUGCAAUGAUUAUGAGUCCCUUGCAACACUUCAAUUUUGCCUACAUGGGUGAACACCUGACAAAAAGGGUCAGAAUUAAAAUGCUCGAGAAAGUCUUGACUUUUGAACCAGCAUGGUUCGAUGACGAGAAGAACAACAGUGGGGCCUUAUGUGGUAGAUUGAGCAAUGAAGCUGCCUUAGUGAAAUCCCUGGUUGCGGACAGAGUUUCCCUUUUAGUCCAGACAAUUUCAGCCGUGGUGUUGGCAGUGAUCCUGGGAUUAGUUGUCGCUUGGAAGCUUGCAGUUGUUAUGAUCGCUGUGCAACCCCUCACAAUCCUAUGUUUCUAUGGGCGGAAAGUUAUAUUAUCUUCUGUUAACACAAAAUUUGUAAGGGCUCAGAAUAUAAGUACUCAAAUAGCUAUCGAGGCAGUGUACAACCAUAGGAUUGUGACUUCAUUUGGAAGCGUAAAGAAAGUUCUUGAGAUUUUUGACGACGCCCAAAAUGAGCCGAGGAAGGAGGGGGACAAGAAGGCGUGGCUAGCUGGAAUUGGGAUCGGUUCGGCCCAGUGUAUAACUUACAUGUGUUGGGCAUUGGAUUUUUGGUAUGGUGGGAAGCUAGUGACUGAACAACAGAUAACAGGUGGGCAAGUGUUCAAGACUUUCUUUAUAUUGGUGAGUACUGGAAAAGUUAUAGGUGAAGCUGGGAGCAUGACUUCUGAUCUAGCCAAAGGGGCCACUGCUGUGGCAUCUGUGUUCUCUAUUCUUGAUCGGCGAUCACUAAUUUGCAGUCCGGAGAACGAAACCGAGUUACAGAAAUUGUUCGGUGGCAUAGAGAUGAAAGGAGUUGAUUUCGCAUACCCAGGACGGCCCGACAACCUAAUAUUGUGCCAACUUCGCCUGGAAGUGAAACCUGGGGCAAGCAUUGGACUCGUGGGGAACAGUGGGUGCGGGAAAUCUACAGUCAUAUCACUGAUUCAGAGAUUUUACGAUGCUGAUAAGGGGACAGUGAAGGUCGAUGGGGUCGAUAUAAGGUCUCUCAAUAUUGGUUGGUAUAGAAGGCAAAUGGCGCUUGUUGGCCAAGAACCGGUGCUCUAUUCUGGCAGCAUUCGUGACAAUAUUAUGUUUGGGAAGCUUGAUGCGUCGGAGACUGAGGUUGUGGAAGCUGCCAAGGCUGCCAAUGCUCAUGAUUUCAUCUCAUCACUAAAAGAUGGGUAUCAAACUGAAUGUGGAGAGAGGGGAGUGCAACUAUCAGGAGGACAAAAGCAAAGAAUUGCCAUAGCAAGAGCAAUCAUCCGAAAACCAACUAUUUUGCUACUAGAUGAAGCGACUAGUGCUCUUGAUGUCCAUUCGGAGCAGAUAGUGCAAGAAGCGUUGGACCGGAUCAUGGUCGGAAGGACAACGGUGGUGGUUGCCCACAGGCUCAACACCAUCAAGAAUCUCGACUCCAUCGCUUUUCUUGCCAACGGGAAGGUGCUGGAACGAGGAACCUUUGCUCACCUCAAGAGCAAGCGCGGCGCCUUCUACAACCUUGCCAAGCUCCACGAUACCUAGAGGGCGUUUGGCACAGUACCCCUUUCUUGUUUUUCGUCCAAGGAUGAGUCUUAAUGAUAGUUGCAUUCACCGGUUUUCGCAAUAAUAGCGCAUGGUCAAGAGCAAAUUAACUGCAUAUUAUUUUGGUGAAUUUUAGAUAUUCUGUAUUGUAGAUUGCCGAUCCCGGAUUAUGAAAAACUUAUAACUAGAACUUGUAAAAGUGUUUGGUGAAAGUUUGAAAUAUAAAUCACGAAUAUGUGUGGUAUUUUGAAGUA